AUGAACACGGCUCGAUCUUCUGCUUGCCUGUUGACCGUGCAGCACGAUGAAGGAAUCGUUUUCAUCGAGAACGUCAAAACCCUUUCCGGCAUCUUUGACGCCGCAAGUCACUAUUGGAGUAUCCAGGGCUUGAAGCUGAAAGACCCGGUCGAGGGUGCAACUGAUUUCGAGUUGGCUGACGGCAGCGACGACGACGACGAUGAUGCCGAUGCCAGUGCUGGAAUCCUGAACGAGUUGGAGGAGUUGGAGGAGUUGGAAUAUUGGAAGAACCGAAACCCAGUGAUAUGUCGUACCGGUUGCCUCAAAUCAUGCAACAUUGCCUACGAUCUCUAA